AUGCCUGAUACCGUCGUUCCUGAAGAACUUUACUCAUUAGUUUAUCACUUCUUGAAAGACACGGAUCACCCUAGAACGGCUGCAGCAUUUAAAAAUGAGUGUAAAAAGCCGUUUCAUGAAAUCGCGGAUUUAAAUUACGAUCUCAUAAAGAUUUUCAAUGACUUUAAGAGUGAAAAGACACGACGUGACGUUAACGGAAAGGACGACACAAGUUCCGAAGAAAGUUCCCCUGAUUCAUUCAGUGAAUCGAUUUCCAACGAUGAAACAUUAUCACAACGCACCGUACAAAACGAUACUUCCAAACUAAGGAAUAAUGACACAACGUCCGAUGACAAUACGUCAAGUAAUGACGAAAGUGACCAGGAUUCAUCAGAUGAUACCAGCUCAUCUACAAAAGAUCACGAAAAACAGAAUAAUGGAGAUCACGAUUUUCAUCAUUCUGAAUCUGAGGAUGAAAAGUUAAGUGAAGAAAUUGUGCAAAAAAGUUCCUCGGUCAUCGAGAAUGGAGAGAAAAUUGAAAACAAUGAGAAUUCUGGGGUGCAAGAAAUUUCGGAGAAUAAUCGAACAAACGGGAAUAAUCUCAAACGUAGAAAUGAUGACUUGGAUGACCACUUAAAAAGCAUGGAGCAAGAACACGAAUACACCUUUUCCCCCAAGAAAUUGAAUAAUAGUCAAAAAAGCGAAUUUUUUACUCGAAAUAGUAAAAAUACAAAUAAAUUCACCAGAGAUUCCACCAAUGGACACAAUGGAAACAAACCUAAUGGUUUUUUGAAAAGUACGAUCGGAUCAUAUGGUCAAAAGGCUCAAAAGGAUUUUACUGGGGUUAGGGGCAAAGAUUUUCGAGCCCAAAAAACAAAGAAGAAAAGGGGUUCAUAUCGUGGUGGCAAGAUAGACUUGGUGUCUCAUUCUAUAAAAUUCGAUGAACUUGAUCAGAUUUGA